GCUGUAGCCUAGGUUGAAGACGUACAUUUUCGACGUAGGUUCUGGCUAGCCUGACGUCUCACACUAAAUUCUACCGCUGCUCUGUCGUUCUCUAUACUUGAAGAAACUCACGUCCGUGGGCGUGGCGUAGCAUUGUAGUCUGGGUAGCCAGGCAACUUGUUCUCGCCACUGUAAGAAAAAGGAAUCUUUCCCUGGGAUCGUUGGGCUUCAAUUUCCGUAUCGACUCCUUUCUCCUCCAUCACGCAAGACAUCUCAUCCAUACCCCACCUCUCAUCACAGCGUUGGUUUUAUCGGGAGCGGCAGGUGUAGGCUGGAAGGAGGAAGCCUCGACAUAAAUCAUGCUUUGUCGGGAGCAGUCGGCUUUGGAGCACGGAUCAUGACAUGCGGCUCAUACCAGAUCUCCAUAAGCCCGGCGCCAAGGAUCACGAGUGAACAUGGGGAUCAGGUCCAGAAAUGUUGCUAACGGUUCAGAGGAGCAGAGGGACAAAAAGACAUCAGCCCUGCCCGUGGACUUGGACCAAGAGGCUGGGGUGGACAAAGAUGGAGCUCUCUUGCUGGUGGCUCCGGGUCGGGAAGAUUUCAAAAGGAGCACGCAGGGUUUCGGACUGUUGGCCAAGACGCCCCUGGGGUACACGCGACCCGUUAAGCGGAAUAACAUCAGGAAGCGGAGAAUUCAAACCCUUAUUUAUGAUGCCCUGGAGAGACCGAGAGGAUGGGCGCUACUGUACCACGCGUUUGUAUUUUUGAUUGUGCUGGGAUGUUUGAUAUUGGCCAUACUAACAACUUUCAAAGAACACGAAAAGGCCUCCGGCCAUUGGCUUGUUAUAUUGGAAACAUCCACCAUAUUUGUCUUCGGAACAGAGUUUGGGUUGAGAAUAUGGUCGGCAGGCUGUUGCUCCAGAUACAAAGGAUGGAGGGGGCGCCUCAAAUUCGCCCGCAAGCCAUUAUGUAUUUUAGAUAUUUUUGUGCUGAUUGCCUCGGUGCCGGUGGUUGCUGUGCGUAACCAAGGCAACGUGCUUGCCACAUCCCUGCGCAGUCUGCGCUUCUUGCAGAUUCUGCGCAUGCUCCGCAUGGACCGCCGCGGAGGCACCUGGAAACUACUGGGCUCCGCCAUCUACGCACACAGUAAGGAGCUGAUCACCGCUUGGUACAUUGGCUUCCUGUCCCUCAUUCUGGCCUCCUUCCUGGUGUACCUGGUGGAGAAGGAUGAUGUCACCAUGGAGGUGUCGGAUACUGAUAGCCCCACCAUUAAGCCCGAACCCCAGGACUUUGACACGUAUGCCGACGCUCUGUGGUGGGGCCUGAUCACAUUGACCACCAUUGGUUAUGGGGACAAAACCCCAAAGACGUGGGCUGGGAGACUGUUAGCUGGCACUUUUGCUCUCAUUGGAGUGUCCUUCUUCGCUUUGCCUGCAGGCAUCUUGGGCUCAGGCUUGGCUUUGAAGGUCCAGGAGCAGCACAGACAGAAGCACUUUGAGAAGCGUAGGCAUCCAGCCGCUGGGCUUAUUCAGUCUGCCUGGCGAUACUAUGCCACCAAUCCAAUCAGAGAGGACCUUAUUUCCACAUGGAGAUUCUACGAAACGGUCAUCUCUUUACCCUGUUUCAGGCAAGAUAAUUUGGAGGGCAUAGCAAGUCAAAAGCUGAGUUUGCUGGAGCGUUGUCGCAUGCCUAAUGCGCGACAGUCGACAGCAGUAGUGAGGGGCAGGGUGCUGAUGCCGGGGAACCCGGACAUUGAAGAGAGUCCUUCCAAGGACCCCAAACCCGGCGGCUUCAGUAACCGGGAGCGGUUUCGCACAGCCUUCCGGAUGAAGGCCUACACCAUGCGGCAGAGCUCUGAUGAUGCUGGAGCCCUGCAGGACCCUGAGGAGAGGGGCUUUCCUGCAGACAUCCUCCUGGAGGAGAUGAUCCCCACGCUAAAGCUGGUCAUCAGGGCAGUCAGGAUUAUGAAGUUCCUCUUGAACAAGAAGAAGUUUAAGGAGACUUUGAGACCUUAUGAUGUCAAGGAUGUGAUCGAGCAGUACUCUGCCGGCCACCUAGACAUGCUCUGUAGAAUCAAAUACCUCCAGACAAGAAUAGACAUGAUCCUCGCCCCUGGUGCCCCUUUGACCCCGAAACACAAGAAGAGCCAGAACAAACAGAACCCAUUUGCCUUUCCAACUCAACAGUCACCAAGGCACGAGUCCUAUCUAGCCAAAGCAUCCAUUCCAGAUGCUGACCAAGACCAAAGCAUGAUGGGUAGAUUUGUCAGAGUGGAGAGACAGGUGGAGGACAUGGAGAAGAAGCUGGACUUUCUGGUGGACAUGCACAUCCAGCACACUGAGCACCUUCAGGUGGACUCGGCCGGCGCCGCCCGCAUGACCACGGAGCCCCUUGACCAUGUGACAGGCAACACAGGCUCUGACGGCAAGGAGGGCUGUGGCUACACUGAGAUCCGCCGGGUCUUCUUCAACUACACCGAGACAUGCCCCAAAAUGUCCUACCAGGUGCCUGUGAGCAAAGUGACGCCUUACUACAGCUACCGCAGGGAGCCCAGUGCUGCAGCUGGAGGGGCGGAAGGAGUUGGGGGACUGGGGCUGCCUGGGGGUGGCUACAUCCCCUCUGCCCAUCAAGCCCCACCUGGCCACCACCUAGCCCCGAUCCCUACCUACACAGAGCGGCCCAACGUACUCCCCAUCAGCUCACUCCUGGACACCCAGGCGGCUGGACGGGAUGGAGGACAUGGGCCACAAAGUCCCUACACGGAGCACCUCACGCUGGGGCUGGGCAGGACCAUGGGGCAGAGAGCGGUGACGGACACUUCGCCGCUAUCCAUGCUCUCUGUGAACCACGAGGAGCUGGAUCGCUCACCCAGCGGGUUCAGUAUAUCGGGGGAGCGCGAGGAUCGGGACGACCCCACGCUGGGGACAGCAGGGGGGUCGGGAAGGUUGCGGGACAGCCGUUACCUGGCGGAAGGGGAGACGGACACAGACACGGAACCCUUCACGCCCAGCGGGGGUGGGGGGCAACUCCCCAUGUCAUCCACAGGAGAGGGCUUCCCUGAUUCUGUAUGGAACACACCGCCCUGAGUCGCACCUCAUUUUUAUUCCUUUAUCUUACACCUCCUCACCAACCUUAUUUAGUUUUAUUCAAAUUGACAACCUUAAGCCCCUAAACCCAUGCCUCUAAAAGCCAGUUGUCUUUGGCUUAAACGGACAUCACUGAACUCAACGCCGUGUGCGAGUUCAAUCGGCACACGUCAAUUAUUUUGGGUGAAACCCAUGUCUCUACACCCAAGUCAGUUUGGAUAGACUUCAUCCCCAUAGACCCCAAUUCGAUCCGGAUUUAAUUGACUCUGAAACCUGACUCGAUUUGGUUUACACCCUACACUCAUUGUGUGACCCGAUGGCCCAGAGAAAGCCAAGGUCUCAAGACUGCGUACACACACGAAAAGAAAAGGCACCGUUCAAAAUAGUUAACAGACUUUGUACAGUACAGCGCACUCAUCACAACAUACAUAACGCUAAGAUGAAGAAAAAAAUAUAUAGCAUUCAUAUAAAUAUAUACGCCCAAACCUUUAUCGCUGCAAAGCAAACCGCACUGCAUGUACCGCAUGCAGUUUUAUGUCGUAGACCCUGCAAUGUUCAGGUUUCAGGAAAAAGAUAAACAAUUUUGAAUGGUACUUAUAAAUACUGUCAUUUUUUGUAAUACUUAUUUUUUUAUAUAAAUACAUUGCAUUUUUCUUUUGCAUGGUUUGCAUGAUGAUGCACCAUUUACAAACGGUUGACCUGGAUAUUUUUAACAAAAGUCUCCUGUCUCAUUCUUUAGUACAGUACACGUGUUGCUUACUAAUGUAUGUGUGAGUUGGGAAAAGAAUGACAAGCCAGAGAGAAAAGACAACUUCUGCUUCCUUUUUAUCAAUAGACAAUAUAGGGAUGCCCCUUCUUCUUUCGUGCUGUGCGGUUAUUGAAAGGUUGUUUUAGUUCCUAUCAGAAAUACAUUCAAACAUAAAAUCAUAGUCAUUAAUUCACUAUUAUCCUUAAAUGAGAGACAACUCUUCCUCUUUGACACACCACAGAUUUAUUUGGCAUACAGAGGUUUUUGCAUCUUAAAAAAACUUGUAAUGACACAUUCAGGACGGACAACUCAAGUAAGUUCUGUGAUGAGGCAUGGUAAGAACCAAUUCUUGCAUGAUAAGUUACAGAUCAUUUGGCAGAUAGGCUUAAAGUGAAUUUGCACAUGCCACGUCUAGAUUAGAAGAAACGGUUAUCUAGCAAGAUUGCAUCAUAAAUUCUGAUUCCAUAAUUUAAAAAAUACAUAAUAUUGUAUGUACUUAGACUUAUGACAAAACACUAUAUAAAUAGUACAAUAUCUUAAAACAGCUAGAAUAAUACCAUAAUAUGACAUAUACGUCUAUGCCAUAAAUAUAUAAUCUACAUAGUAUGUAAAAUGAGAAAACCGUGACAAUAUCAUGACAUUUUCACAGAAUGUAAUGACAAGUGUAGCAUGAUGUAGGUCAACUUUAACGAUAAGUGAAAAAAUUGUGUAAUGUCUUAUUUUAUUACUGAGAGCAGAUUGGCAAAUAAAUCACUGUGAUGUGAAUCACUUGAAGAAAUAUGAACAAAAGUGGGGAAAAAUGUCGCCCUCACAAAUGUAACAUUGAAGUUUUGUGUUUUUCCAAAAUGGUUUAUUUUCUUUUUGGUUUAAAAGGGAAAAUGUAGUUUCUUUGUAGAUGUCAAUCCAGUGGGAAAAACUGUUUGCAAUUACAUGAUUAUGCUGUCUUUUAUGACGCCCUAGUCUGAGGGAGUUUUGCUAAUGUCUUUUUAACAACCAGAGAAGUGUAAUCUGACCAGAUAACAAAAAUGUAUUGGAAUGAAACAAAAUGGCUUUAUCUGGUUGUAUGACAUCUUCUCAACCAGACAUACAGCAUACACACAAAGUCUUUAAGACUUGCCAAAUGUUAGAAUCAAAGGUUUAUCUAUCUACAUGUUUAUAUUUUACAAUACAGAUUGAAUUGAUUGGAUUAAAGACAUAAAUACAAAAUUAAAAUAAUUGUUAAUUUUAAACAAUGUUUUAAGUGAGAAGUAGGACAUUGGUCUGACGCCGAAAGAGAAAGGAAAUUCACAUGAGCACCACAAUGCCUACUCUACCCAUGCUCUACCAAGGUUUUUCAGCAAACAGCUUUGACCUACUACAGUAGCUAUGUUGGUACUUCAAACAAUGUGUAUGCAGGUUGCUUAGGAUUCAAACAUUCUCAAACAGCCUACUGUAAUUCAUAGUCUUAGAAUUGGUGCUCCCACUAUAAGGUGAUUUGUACCACAUUCAACUUAAAAUAUUGGCAGUGCUAUUGUAACCUUUAAUUUGGCCUCUGCCAAAAGAUCAGCCUUAAUGCCACAGGUGAUGUGCUUGCAUAACUGCAAGGGCUGCUGGUUUAAAUCCUGUUCUGCUGGCUGUAGCCCUUUAACGCCUUAAGGUCGAUGUCUGCGCCCCUCCGGAAAUCUAAUUAGCAUUUAAAAAAUCCCCAUAGAAAUCUGUCAGUUUGAGCUAGAGAUAUCUAUGUAACACUUCCGCAUUUGUGGUGAAAGGUGACAGAGCUAGAGCAGUGUUUGUCAGACCACGAGACAUCCAGAAAAUCAGUCUUCUCACAAAAUCGUCUCUAGCGUCCAAACUAUUAUGACCACUCUAUGGAAAGAAGAGACUCUCACGAACAUGAUGGUGUUCUCCGUUUUGCUCUACGGCCCCCACAAGCGGAUUAGGACUUGUCUGAAGUCGGUACAGCUGAUCUGCCAACUUCUGUCUGUAGCGUCCGCACAGUUUGGGCUACACACUAAUAGUGUAAUGGUGAGACUCGCACGAACAUGUUGGUUGUUUUGCUCUAGGACGCCCACAGGCCUCACAAGACUCGUCUGAAAGGUCCUCCAGAACCAGUUGAAAAAAUUAAUGGAAGUAUAUAUGGAGACUGUUUAGUGACAAAAAUAAGGGGUUAAAUACAUGUAAAAAAAAAUAAUGUUUUUUAAAGUUUCCUGAUCUUUCUUAUAUGUGACCAACUGGCUCAAAUCAGUCUUAAGUAGCAAAAUUUGACAUUUUACAUUGGAGAAGAGUAAAGACUACAACAUGGUAUAUAAUGCACUGCAUUUUUGAGGAACAAUGGGAAAGUAAUUAUGCUUUGAAAGUUGAUAAACUUGUAAACUCACUUUUGAGAAAAUGGCCUUUUGAAUGUUUUGGUACCUAGUGAAGAGCUAUUCUUUGUCUACACCCAUUCAGCAUCAUUCACACCCUCUUAAGCUUUAGCCCCACCCAUCUCGUUUCACUCUCGGAGCGUUCAGAGCACACACUUGACGCUCUGGCCGAUGAUUUGUUUACCUCUGGAUAACAUGAAAACAGCCUAACCAGCCCUGCUGGCAAUAAUUUCAUUACGUGUUUUUGCUGACGUUUACUGACACCGGCCAUAAUCAACUUGUGUUGUGCGUUUGUAAAUUCACUUACUCAGCGCUCUGGCGUACUCAGACUGAAUUUACGAACACACCUGAAAUUUAUACUUUUGUUAAGACAUGUAGCUAGCUAGUUGGUAAACAAUGAACCUAGAUAAACAACGUGUAAGACCAUACACGUCACAGAACGUUAGCUAGCAAGCCAUCCAUCUAACGUUUGCUAGUUAAACAACAAUGAACAAAGUGCCAAAUCAUGUCGUGACUACCCUGCAUGAAUCAGCUGGGACCUAACCAACCAGGUUCAAUGUUAGCUAGCUAACAUUAGGCUCUAACUAGCCAAGCAAACUCUGGGAUACGAAUAAUAUCGUACAUGUAACGUUAGCUAGGGAGCCAGCCAGCUAAAGUUAGCUAGCUAGCUAACAGUACACUUUAGCUUAAGACAUGUAGUUAGCUAGCUAGGUAAACAAUGAACCUAGCUAGGUAAACAACGUGUAAGAUCAUACACGUCACGUAACGUUAGCUAGUGAGCCAGCCAGCUAACGUUAGCUAGUUAAACAACAGUGAACAUAGUGCCAGCUCAUGAGGUUACUACCCCUUACAUGACUCUGCUGGUAGUGGUAACUAACCAACCAGGUUCAAUGUAGGCUAGCUAACAUUAGGCUCUAACUAGCCAUGCAAACAGCUCUGGGAUACGAAUAAUAACAUCAUACACGUAACAUUAGCUAGGGAGCCAGCCAGCUAGCUAACAGUACAUUUUAGCUUGAAAUUAAACCACUUUCUGUCAAAAUUUGAAAUGUGUAAUAUCUGAAAAUAUAGCUCGCUAGACUAUCUUACCCAUAUACAUCAUCAGGCAUGAUGGACACAUCUCCCUGUCACGGAUGCCAUUCCACGGUUGCCCUUAUUUUGAAGAUGUAAUCCGGAGACAGGUGUUUUCUCCAUCUCUUUAGCUAUCAUACUCUAAUUCCACUGAUUUCAAAACUCAAUCCUCCAGAAAGUGGAGAUGAACACUUAUGCAGCUCCACUACACAAUACAGUUUUUUAAAAAGCUGAGUUCGACAGGAUUACCAACACAGACUGACCAGCUCGAAUAGACAGAAGCCCUCUAUAUGGCAGACCAAUCUGAACUCCUCUCUCAGCAUGUCCAGCCCACUCAUUAUCUCAGCCAAUCAUGGCUAGCAGGAAGAUUGCUGUUUUUUUCUGUGGCUUAACCAACUAGGCUCAUAAUUUAACAAUUGUAUUUACAGAUGGCAUACAAGUUUGUUGUUAAGGCACAUGAAAGUUCACAUGUUUCAGAAGGCAUUUCUGCUAAAAAACGCAUUUUGAUUUAAAAAAGGUUUACGUUCAAAUGGCUCUCCUGUGAAGUAGUGACCCGCGACAUACGCCUAGUUUCCUGAAACGAGUCACAUAUCUCUCAGAUAUGAUAGACACUACACUUGUUUAGAUACUUUUUUGGGGACUAUCUGUUGUUCCAUAUAGUUAAUGUUAUUCAAUGCGUUCGUAUGGGCUAAUAGGCCAAAUAAAAUGUUUGCAAAUCA